UUGAUCUAAUAUAAAUUUAUGUUACAUCUAAAUGGCGGUGGAUGUAAUGGAAGUACUUGGUCUAAUAUUUUUUAUUUUUUUAUUUGUUUUUUAUAGGUUCAAUUUUAAAAUUUGUUAAUAGCCCUCACAGAUAUCUCUAUGAUAUGUGUCCAAUUAAAAGAAAAAGAAAUGGGUCAUUAUUAUUAUUAUUAUUUGGCAUGUGUACUCAUUACUUUUAAAAUUAAUAUUGCAUUAUCCCCUAACUUUGAGAGAAGAAAAUAAUAUGAAAAAAAUUGGUCAUGUCUUAGCUCGUUCACCUAAUGGGGCCGUCGUCAUUCGUCAACUAUUUUAUGAUUAUGCACAGUAACGCAUCUUACCUAACAUUUGUUGACAAAUUCACAAAACUGAUUCAACUAAUCCCAUGACGCUGUUCAUCCUUCCCUUCCCCAUUAACUAAUCCCUCUUUCUCUCUCAUCUCAUUCACUUCGGAUUGUGGAAGCAAGGAAUGAUUUUCUCUCUCUAAAUCUCUAGAGAGAGAGAGAGAAUGUGCCCUCUCAGAUUGAUUCUCAUCUUCCUCUCGGCCACUCUCGCCGGCUUCUUCGUACUCAAGAACCUCAAAUCUCAACCCCAAAUUCCCGACGGAGAUCCUCCUCCCUCCGAUUCCGUCAAUCCUCCCACUGAUCAAAACAAAUCCUCCUCCAAGGUUUGGGCAGCAAUGUCGACGGGCUUCUGGACCUGCGUGGACAUGGCGAGCGGUCGCUAUCUCUGGAGGAAUUUGGUUUCGUCUUCAUCUUCUUCUUCUUCUUCUUCUUCCAAGCGCUCUAGCUGACACGUGCCUGCGACUCACUUCUUCGUCUUCUUGAUUCUGUUUUCUUAUUCUCUGGUUUUAUUACUGCUUUUAUUUUGCUACUUACAUUGAAAGUUGUUUGCGGUUCGUUUUUAAUGCUGUUGUAAUCAUGAUUUCGGAAUCAAAGUACACCAUUACUGGCUGUAGAGUUGUAUGUUACUUAAAAUUUAGCAAUAUCUGAUUUGCAAAAACUUUUGCCUGCCUGUAAUGAUGCUCUUCUCUUCAAUCAAUAUCAGGAUUUGGGUAGCUUUUGGUUUCA